UCAAACGCGUCGAAUCUGAAAACGGGACACAAGCCCUCUCCCGCCGAUGCAUUCAAGUUUGCGAGUCUUUAAAUAAACCUAAGUGAUAUCGAAACUCAUCUAAUUGUAAGCCAAAUUUAAGAAUUCGCGAAGCUCCAUAUUUCGAUAUCGAGUUCAAAGAGAUAAAUGUUAUUAUAAAUUUUUCAUAUAGAUAUAUAAGAUAAACGCGACAAACUCAUUCAGUGGUUCCGCACAAUUUCAUAUGUGUGUGUGCGUGCAAAUGCGUUUAACUUUCCUACAUAUGUAUUUACUUUGGUAUGCGCGGAUAUACGAUGUGUAGAGUAAUUAUAACUUUCGUUAUAACUUUUGUACGAGUAAUCGACGUCAUUCGCUCAAAUUGAUGGCCUCAAUUAAGUUUGUCUUGUAUGCUUUUGUGUUGAAAACAUCAUUUUAUCCUUGUUGUUUGUUAUAUGUUAAAGGAAAAUAGAAUGAUGCUUUCAAUACGAAAACGUGCAAGACGAACUUGCCUUCUAGCUACUGUCAGUAGUUAUAUGAGGAAGACAAAGAGGAGGGAUGAGGAGGAACAGAAGUAACAUGAAUGUUUUCUUCUUCUGUGUAAAGUAUAUGUGCGAAUGUUUCUGAUUAAUUUACAUAUUUUAGAUUCUCAAGAAUGGACUUAUACAAAAAUAUCAAGAAAACAAUGUUGCUUUGCUUGGUGAAUAAUAAGGCCUGAUUCCACACACAAUUUACUUUAACUGGAGUUUAACUCGUUAAAAAUCUGUUCUUCAUAACUUGCAUAAGCAUAUAUUAUAUAUGCAUAAGGAAAUCAAUCAAUCGAUCAUAGUCAAUGUAGUAAAAAAAUUCCUCUUAGACACACUUUAUAUUAGAUUAAUAAAUUUCCUUGUGCAUAUGAAUAAUGUAAAUAUGCAAGUUUGUUCAGAUAGGUUUUUAAAGAGUUGAACUUUGGUUAAAAUAGGUUGUGGAACCAGGUCUAAGUUCUUUCCAUUGAAAGGAUUGAGUCAAGCUGUGAAGAAAAAAGAUUUCAUCAAAAGAUCUAUCUGAUCCAAGCAAUGGAAGUUUCACAUGAAAAGAUACUACAUUGCAUACUGUGUGAUUCUGCAAAGCGCCAGGUGAGGUCCGUCUUACCUUUUACCUCAUAUAUCUCUCUCUCACCGCGUGGUAGCUGCACGCAACGCUUGUGAAGAAAAAAGAAUGGCUCGUAUCGCCGCGGUGCGUGUCUGAGCGGUGCGAGUGGCAGCGACCACUUUCAUUGUUCUUCGAUCUGCCUCGGAGCAAAGGUGCGAGUGCGAUCUCGCGCACCUCACCACGAGCACCGAUUUGGCGUACCUGUCGACGUCGCUGUCGCCGUUGUCAACGUCGUCAUCGCCGUCACCUUCGAAAGACAAGAACAAUUUAACUAUUCCGCGCGAACAAGUGUGAUGCAGUUCAGACAGCCGGCGAUAUGGUCGUUGAUCUUCCUGCCGAUUGGUCUCGCGUAUGCCGGUAUCAGCAAUUGGGAUGCGUGCAGCGGCAGACUGGAGCACGCUCUGGACGCCCUCCACCGAGAUUCUACCAGGAGAAACAAGCUGGAUGAAGAGGAGACCGGGAUAUCGUAUCAGCGUGAGCUACAUUCCGCACCCCUGGAAAUGUCCGUCUCCCGUAUGGCUGUGAAGUUGCCCGAGAAUACGAAGGAGCCCGCGAGCCAUUGGGCGCGAGUGGAACGAUGCGUGUUUGAGCCCGAGCGCAAUUCCCUGAGGACGCGCGUCGUAUUUAACGACCUGUCGGUGUCCGGAAUGGUGUCGCUAAUGCCGCGAGACCAUCGUACCCCGGUCCCCGCCGAGUCUUGCAAAAUGAUGCUGCGACUGAGACGCGCGGGAAUAGACUUCCUCACGAGUCCGAUCGCGCGCGGACGCGGCCAGAUGCGCAUACGCACGGAAUCGAGCUUCCUAGAGCCGCGGUUCGCCUCGAUUUACGCGUACGGUUGUCGCCCCACGCGUCUCGACAAGCAGAUCAAGCGACAGGACAAGUGGCCUCCGUAUCAUUCAAGCAGGGACAAAAUAACACCGCCGACGCCGCCACUGGCUGUGAGCGACAAGUAUGAUGCGGCAGAACCAAGACAGCUGGUGGGCAUCACCGAAGAGGUGGACGUCGUCGUGCCUAACGAGAGCCGACAUCCGCAUUAUUCGCGCACUCCUAAAGCAAAUUUCGGUGUAUGGAGAAAAAAUUCUUGGAUUACCAAAUCACCGUUACGCCGGAGACGGUCAGUGAUUCGGCAACGACUCGCGCGCGCUGCCCAUACGAUGGUCGUUGCACCGCGAGACUUUAUUGCGCAUUCCCUCGUCACUGAGCGCGAUGAAGAGAAAGCGUCGACGAAGAACAAGUCCGCGUACUUCGUCGAGCUGCUUAAUUUAACCGACAGCCUACAGAACGAAGACCCAUCGCGAAACGUAUCGCGGGAAGUAAGGGAACUCGUGUUGGACGACAAUUUCGAGAAUUUAUUCCCCAUAGAUUCGGCAGACCCGAGCAGAAGUUGGCAGUCGAAGGAGCAUAUCACGCGCGAAAUGGAAGAUGUGUUUCUGCAAGGUGCUAGCCAAGCGUUAACUAAGUACAUCGAGCGCCAGUUACAUCCGGCGAUAAAAGAGACGCUGAUGUUGUCUAUGGGUUACACCAUCAGUUACGGUUAGGAGGGGAAAUGAGGAUUCGACUGCCCCAAGGAGAUUGUAACUACGUACACUUCGACGUUAAAGCGAUCGAUCGAUAUAAAAAUAUGAAUAUAUCGCUCGCUUUCAUGUCUGGGAAAUCCUGACCUUUUUUUUCGUUAUUGAAGAAACCGUUAUUUUAUAUCUAUCUUUUCUUACUAUUGUACGCUUGCCAAUAUUCUAGUUUAUUCAUCAAAAAGGCGCAUCAUAUUUUUUGUUAAUUUAAAUUCUUUCCUCAGUUUAUUCAUUCAUGAAUUUUCAGUCUGCUCUCUUUUUUUACAUUUAAAGGGAUAAUGUUUCACAAAGCAAGUAACAUUCUCCCUAUUCUCUUUCUCUCUCUCUGUCUCUCUCUCAUUCCUAUUUUUUGUUUCUGUCUUAAUUAUUGCUUAAGCCCUCAUUUGGUUACGUGCAAGGCUGAAGAAUGUAAAAGCGUUGCUUGACUCAUUUGUAAUUACAUGUACUUCGAAAGUAGUUGGUUACGUAGACAUUACAUAUUAUUGAAAUAUCCAAUAUACUAUAAUUGUACAAUCAAAAAUACAGUAUGUACAAAUAUAAAUAAUUUAUAUUAUUUAAUUAUGUUUAUCUGUAUAAUAUACAUGCCUAAAAAAUUA